CCGACUGGAUGACGAGUCUAUCGUAUGAAUUGUUGUUUUGAUUAUUCUGUUUGGAUCGACCGGAAGAGAAAAAUGAGGAUGUUUGAUGUUUAAUGUUAAUUUUAGAUAUAAUUCAUGUUUUCAAGUGGCGGUGCUAAUAAUUUAAGUACGUGCGUGUUAAAAUUCUGAAGCAGUAAAUUAUCUAGGAGGAUUAGCUAGCCUAUUCGAUCUUUAUUAUGUGGCAAGGAGCAUCAGGUAGUCCUAAACAAGGACGACCAGAAAUGAGAGGGAAGUUGCAGAGACCAACUAGUUUUAAUCCGCCACAUACACAACCCUUGCCCCAGCAGUACCCAACCAGUGCUAGACACACUGUAGAUCGCAAUCGUAAGCUAGGCCUAGUAAGUUAUGGAGCUAAUCAUGGCCGCACGAAGCCGCAGCAGAGGCACAAAUCUGGUUACAGUGGUGUACGUCAGCAACAAGUCUUACCUCAGGUGAAAUUGCCGGAGCUAGUACCAUCAACAACAUGCACCGAGCACACAUUCCUUACGGAUGCUUCUGAGGUGCGCCACAUGGAGGAAGGCCUUACACAGCUUCUUACUGAUUUCCAUAAUGGGAAGUUACGAGCGUUCAGUGAUGACACAUGUUCCUUUCAAAAAAUGGAGAAUAUUCGAGACCUGCAAGAAAAAUUAUCACGUUUGCAUUUUGACAUGGAUUCUAAGAUGCAAGAACAUGAAUUUGGAUCUGAGAAUGCGCGACAAGCUGCUUCGCAGAGUAUGGACCAUCUACUCUCUAAUUUGAACCAGUUGAGCAUGGCUGUUCAUAGUAUGCAGGCCCACGAUGAUUGAAAUGUUGAGCCUCUGCAAUAAAGGAAAGAAGAACAGCCAUCAAUCUACACUACAAUUUUUUUGAGAAAAAUAUUUAACAUGAGAACUAGAAUGAAGGGUGCCACCAUAAUGCAAAAUACAGGAUCAUAGACACAUAUAGUUUUAUGAAUUAAGUGUUUGUUAUAUUUUGUAUUGUAUUUUCAUAGAACUUUUGAUAGUGUGUUAAUGCAUGUUUCAUAUAUAUUUAAAAAUAUUUCUAUAAUAGCAAAGAUAUUUAAUAAUUUAAUUCAAAGUUGAAUCAAUCAAAUCUAACUAAUACCUCAAUGUAUCAAACAAAAAAAAUAUUCAUAAAACAGAAAAGGUAGUCUGGUUUAUGUUUUACAGUGCUGAUAAAUAAAAACAAAGGAUUAUUAUGUGUAGUAUUAAAAGUUGAUCACAGAAUAGGAUUAAUAAAAACAAACCAACGUGGUGCGUACGUAAUUUAAAUACAUAAUUGAUCAAUUAUAUUGGUUAAUAAAAUCAUUGUAAUAUGACAAUACGAUAGCUUGUUCAUUAAUCAGAACAUGCUGUUCUAGAGUAGGAAUAGAAAUUGUCUGAUGUGUUCUUGGUGAAUGUACGUGUCUUCACUAGCAUAAGCAGGUGCCAAGCUAGUCUAGUAUUCUAUCUUUGACUUUUUUUAAUGUCUGUCUUUAAAUUCAAAAUUGAUUGAUUAAAAAUUAAAUUAGUCUACGAUA